UCUAACGGUCAAUUAAUUGCUGACAGGGCUUUACUACUCUGAAGAACAUAAUAAGAAAAUGAAAAGCAAAAUCUUUUAGGUUCAUCUACCACCAACUAAACAGGAGCGAAAAAAUAAAAACAGCUGGCAGUUUAAUUUCUACUUCAACUUCGACAAAAGUCUGUUAAUAGUAACACCGUUUAACUAGUAAUCGUCAUCGGCGAUUACCGUGAUGGGGGUGCCGAGCGACGACGCCGUUUUGAUCCAGAAAGGAACGAAAUCUGGCGAACCACAUGUCGUCACUGUCAAUUGCCCUGAUAAAACUGGUCUAGGUUGCGAUAUUUGCAGAAUAAUUCUCGAUUUUGGCCUUUACAUUACGAAAGGAGAUGUUUCCACAGAUGGGAGAUGGUGCUAUGUAGUGUUGUGGGUGAUUCCAUACUCAAAAUUAGUAGUAAGAUGGUCAAAUUUGAAGGACCGGCUUUUAUAUAUAUGCCCGCCUUCAUGUUCAGUCUCAUUUUACUUGAAUCAACAUUCUUUAACAACUUCAUCAUCCUCGUCGUCAAAAUCUUGUCCGGUUUACUUGUUGAAGUUCUUUUCCCUUGACAGAAAAGGAUUACUUCAUGAUGUUACUCAUGUUCUUUCGGAGCUUGAACUUACUAUUCAAAGAGUCAAGGUUACUACUACUCCAGAUGGCAGAGUUUUGGACCUCUUUUUCGUAACUGAUAACCUGGAUCUGUUACACACAAAAAAGCGUCAAGAUGAGACAUAUGAAGAAUUGCAUGCUGUGUUAGGUGAAUCAUGUAUUAGCUGUGAGCUUCAAUUGACUGGCUCUGAGUAUGAAUCUCAUCAGGGCAUGUCUUCUCUUUCACCUGUUGUUACUGAAGAAUUGUUUUAUUCUGAGAUAUCAGAUAAAGAAAUCUAUUCACAAGCUCUUAGCCCUGACGUGACAAAAUUGAAAAAGGCCAAUGUAACUAUAGACAAUUCAUUGAGUCCUGCUCAUACAUUGCUUCAAGUACACUGUGUUGAUCACAAGGGUCUUCUUUAUGAUGUCAUGAGAACUUUGAAAGACUUUAAUAUUCAGAUAGCUUAUGGUCGAUUCUCACCAAAAAACACUGGAUAUCGUGAUUUAGACCUUUUUAUUCAGCAAAAGGAUGGGAAGAAGAUUGUCGAUCCUGAGAAGCAAAAUGGAUUAUGUUCUCGUUUGAAGGUGGAAAUGCUUCACCCAUUACGUGUAAUAAUUGCAAACCGAGGGCCUGAUACUGAACUCCUGGUUGCUAAUCCAGUCGAACUAUCUGGAAUGGGAAGGCCACGAGUUUUCUAUGAUGUUACACUUGCUUUGAAAACACUUGGUAUUUGCAUAUUCUCAGCUGAAAUAGGAAGAUAUUCUGAUCAAGAUCGUGAAUGGGAAGUCUACAGAUUUCUUCUGGAGGAGAACAACAAAUUCCAGUUAGCAAAUGUUGUAGUUAGGAAUCAGAUUGUAGAUACAGUUAGAAGAGCACUGAUGGGCUGGUGAGUGAACUCAUAUUUCCCUCGUAAUUUGUUUUCGAGCAUCACUCCUUUGAUGUGCUAUCUACUCGGGCCAGGGUAUAUAGCACAUCAAGUCCAUAAUCAAGUGCAUAAUAUCUCUAGAUGUAUUCAAUGCGUAUAUAUUGCUUGUAUUCUUAGAAUCAUAUUUUAGCUGCUGCUUACUCGUGAUGAGCUUAUUUCCACCGAGUGUAAAUAUCUUUGAUGAAUUGAAAUCUAACUAAGGUGGUUGUAAUUUGUAAAGGGUUUCUUUAAAUUGCGCAUCUCAA